AUGAUUUCUUGGCAUCAUGAUGGAAUUCUUUUAUUUAAUGGAACUGAAUUUGAGCCAACUUCUGGUAUUGAACCUUCACGUAUUAUUUUACAAAGGUCUCUUGAAGAAAUUAAUAAUGACGAGGAAAUAAAAGGAGAAAAAUGUUUUGUUGAGGCAUAUUCUCUUUUAUUACGUAAUCUAAGUUUGGAAGAUAGUGGAAAAUACGGCUGUCAAUUGUGGACUCAAAAUGGAGGCCAACAACAAUUAGAUUUUAAAUUGGAUGUAUUGGGGGAUUCUGCAUUAAAAUUAAAUUUCCCUGCAAAUUUAACUUAUGACCACACAGAAUGUUGUAUUGAAAAAGGAGUUUCUCCAUUAUGUAGGCCAAUGUGUAGACCUAGAAAUAUUGGAGAAGAAUUUUUUGAUCCAACAAGUUGUCAAGUAGAUGAUUAUAAAAAAUUUUUAAACUGUGUAACAAAUGGAGGUAAACGUGAUUAUUUGCCCUGUUGUAGAAAGAAAGCCUUGCCUCCGUUUUGUUUUGAUUUUUGUGGAAAUAAUUUUCAGAAAUUAGAAAAAUCUCAUCGACUUUGUUUGUACUAUUUGCCUGAAAUAUUUGAUUGUUUUAGUCAACAAUACGCACUUUUUCCUCCGCCUGCUCCAAAAAAUUUACAAAUUAGAGAAGUUGGUAGUGGAAAUCGACGAUUUUGUUUUACAAUUGAGAAUCUAAAAAAUACAGUAAAAAUCCCUUCCUUUGUUGUUCAUCUACAAGAAAUGAAUGUUGUAACAGACACAAUGAAUGGUAGAGAUGCCGCAGUUGAAGAGUUUAGAAAACUUCGUAAAAGGAGUGAAAAUAAAUCUGGACAAUUAUAUGGAGUCACAUUAAUUAAAGAAUUGAGAGGAGGUGGAACUAAACCUGUACUUAUUACAAAAAUAAUUGCUUCUAGUAAUGAAAAGGGAAUUAAUUCUGAAAUUUGUAUUCCCCUAGAAAGUAUUACAAACAAAUCAAAAUCAACUUAUCUAGUCUAUGUAGAAGCUAUUAAUGAUUAUGGUACCUCAGAACCGAGCAAAUCGUUUUUAAUUACUGAGGAGGGGGUAAUGCAUCCAGCAAAGUAA